AUGCAGCGCAAUCGACAACAAAAAGGUAGACACAAAGCUCUUCUGCGCCGUUCCGCUGCAGCAAACCUUCAAAAUCGUCCUAUUUUGUUCGGGGUUCGUUCUACUACGGGAAACUUCUGCUAUUCUUGCAUAUUGCACCUUGAGAGUCAUAAUAUUACUCCUAAUCCUAAGCUCCCCAAUGCAUCCAAGGAAUUCACGGAUUCACAGAUUGAUACAAAAGAUUGA